AUGUACUUCCGAACCACACUCCUCACAGGCCUCCUUCUCGCCAUAACCUCAAGCCAUGCUCAAAGCAAACCCGCGCCAAAAUUAGGCCCAUGGCAUUGCUCACUCGCAGCCGAUGGCUCGGGUCUUCCGCAACAGGCAUACUGCUGUGACGAGAAAGAAAUUGAUCGGACUUUCGACGAGGGGAAGCUUAUAGAGGCGGCCAAUUGCACGGCAGUCCCUCCAAACCAGAAUGUGGAAUGCAAGUAUGCAGCCGAUGUCUGGUGCUGCUAUACACCGGAAGAGGACAUGACCAGGUUGAGCAUUUCCCACCCCAGAUCGAAAGCUCCCAACAUGUACGCCUGGCUACAAAUAACCACCAUCCUUCUAGCAGUUCGGUUGCUGUUUUUCGUCUAUCAAAAGUGGGCAUCGCCUCUGCGCCGUGUGCCAGGUCCCUUCUGGGCUCGGUUUUCGCGAGCUUGGUAUUUCUACCGGGUCUGGCGAGGCCAUUUCGAGUGGGACAAUAUCAACUUGCACGACAAGUAUGACAGCGCAGUGGUUCGGCUUGCGCCAAACUGGUAUAGUUGUACGGGUUCUGAAUCUAUGAGGAAGAUAUAUGCGCCUGGUUCCAAGUUUGCCAAGUCGGAUUGGUAUGAUGGAUGGGCGCAUCCUGACCCAAGUCAGUGGACGCUGUUCCCUGAUAGGAAUAUGAAACGACAUGCGGAAACAAAGAAGCGCUUUGCAGCGAUGUUCUCGCUGAGCUCGCUAGUUAGCUACGAACCGUUUGUCGAGCGAUGCGUGGAUCUGUUCAUUAACAGACUCGAUGAGUUUGCGCAAGGCGAGGGAAGAGAAGAUAUAGAUUUGGUUUAUUGGUUUCAAUGCUAUGCUUUUGACGUUAUCGGAUGUAUUACCUAUGGAGAGCGCUUUGGCUUCCUCGAUAGCGGUGAAGAUAUCGAAGACGCUAUAAAGUCCGUUGGCUCGAUUUCUGGAUACUCAACGCUAGCAGGGAUAUAUUCAGAAUGGCAUCCAUUACUCUACAAAAUCACGAGUCAUCUUGGUGGCUCCGGGUCCAAUGGCCGUAACUUUGUUCGCCAAUUUGCCCUUACAAAGAUUACCAAGCACAAAGAACAAAAAGUCGACUUGGAGCUAUCCCAAGAACCGUUCAUGACCAAGAUGAUCCGGGCGCACCGACAAGAUCCAGACAAAGUGGGUGAUCACCACUUGUUUAUGAUGGCGCAGAGCAAUGUGAUUGCCGGGUUUGAUACAACUGCUAUAAGCCUGUCGGCAACCAUCUAUCUACUUAUGAAGAAUCCACGUGUGUUACAGAAAUUGCGGCUUGAAAUUGAUAAUGCCACACGCAAUGGUGGCCCUGGGGAAAGUCACAAUUAUGAAACAAUUACCUUUCAGCAAAGUCAAGGGUUGCCGUACUUACAAGCGGUUAUUAAAGAAUCACUGCGCAUGCAUUCUGCUACAGGCUUGCCUCUUUGGCGUGUGGUCCCAGAAGGUGGUGUCGAACUAGAAGGACUUCAUUUUCCGGGUGGCACUAUUGUUGGCACAAACAGCUGGGUUGUGCACCACGACCCAAACAUUUUCACUAACCCGAACGAGUUUGUGCCUGAAAGGUGGCUCGAUGAAGAUGAGGCUAAACUUCGUAUAAUGAAUGAAAUGUCGAUGCCGUUCGGACUCGGUGCCCGUACUUGCAUUGGAAGACACAUAUCUGCACUGGAGAUGGCCAAGGUGAUCCCAGUGCUUGUUCGGGAUUUUGAUUUUGAGUUUACAUCGGCAAGUAAAGAAUGGGAGACGGAGAAUUAUUGGUUUGUGAAGCCGAAGAAUUUCCGGGUUCAUGUAUACAAAAGGGCCGUUUAUUGA